UUUAUUGAACUUUUUAAAAUACGGUCAAAUUGGUCAAAUUUAAUUUUAAUACCGUUCUUGUAAUUUUAUAUUCAUGAGAGAAUUCGCUAUCUCAAGACCAUCGUCAUUAAGUUCUGACCAAAUUUGUCUAGCCCUUUUAAAUUCACUUAAUAAUGUUUUUAAUCUUCGCUUAAUUGUUGAAGGUUGUAACAUUUUUUAACUGAAUGAUAUAAUAAUUUGGCUGUAAUAUAUGGAAAAAUAGAUAAGUUACACAGAGUAUAAACGUUUAAAAAUCUUUUUAAAAAAAAGAUUCACACAAGAUUAACAAGAAUAUGAAAAUCAUGUCGCGUAUUACAUGUCAGAUAUUUAAACGCGUAAAAAACACGUAUCCACUUUUUACGUUCGUUACUUGAAUAAAAGAAAUCAAAUUUACCUUUUUCUUGUAGAUUCCUAGUAAAAAAAAAAAAUGUCUAAAGUUUCACAAUUUGAUAAUUCUACGCUUGAACUUUAUUAUUCAAACCUUAAUUAUCUAUUCAACUUUCUUCAGCCUCAUCUCGACGUUAACGUCGAGAUACUCAAGGAUGAAGAUGAGGAAGAAUAUAAAAAACUUCUCACAACCUCAGUUAUAAAUGCUGAUACAACUAAAAAAUUUCCUCAAAUUAUGAAGGAACACCAAGGAACAAUUCCCAAAAAAGACACUUGUCUCGAUAUUACUAUAAACCAGGCAAUUGCUAUAUUGGUUAAUCGAAUUGAUAAAAAAUCGGCUACUAAUGUAAUGCGUUUUGGGUUCACUAAGCCGAGAGCAUUAAAUUCUCAAGGUUUUAGUUUAACUGGUAUCAAUUCUACAGUUGAUUAUAUGAGAAAAUCUAGGGCCUGGUUAAAAUUUUAUACUAGGAUCGGUCAAGAAGCCAUGGUCUUUCUAUUAACAAAUUUUUCUAUAUUUCUUGAACUUCAAAAUGGAUGUUACGUUCAAUUAACGGGUCCAGCUAUAAACAAGCUUCCAAUACCACGAAUCAAGCGUUUCGAGAACAUAAAGAAAAUCUCUGAGACUGCUCAUGUUCUUAACAAACAAACUGAAACUGAAAGCGCAUGUAUUCCAUCCAAUACUAGCUCGCAAAAUUCUACAUCAAGCACCUGUUUUUCUUCUCAGAAUGAAGAGGUUGCACCAACAACAUUUACCCAGGAUGUUUGUACUUCAUAUCAAAGUUCUGACGGAUCCUAUAAUCUCUGCCAAAAUAGUCUGCCAGACGAUAAUGUUGCUUCCCAGAAAUCAAUGUUAUCACAGGACAUCAAUUCCGUAUCUAAACGUAAAAGCGAUGUUCUCGCCUUCUUCAGAAAACUGCGUGAUGAAGAAGAUAAAACUUAUUCGAAAAGUUAUGCUUCAAGUUCUUUGGACUCACAAAGCAGUAGUGAUCAUAGCACUCUUUUUUCAUCUCAGAAUACCAGCGAGUUAAGUUCACAAACCACUACUUCGAGCCUUGAUGACCUUAAGCUAAAUGAUAAGCCAUGGGUAGAAGUUAUAAAUCCUAAUAAAGAUACUAAUGAAGAUAUGAUAUCAAGCCAUAUUGAACAGAAAAUUGGAGACGAGAACAUGGCAUCAAACUUUACCAAACAAGAGACUGGAGACACAGCAUCAAAUUACACCAAAUUUAAGGAACAGACUAAGGGGACUUUUCUCAAAAUUAUGGAAGCUAUGCAUCCUGUUAAAGUAACCGAGGAAACAUCAAACUAUGAUGAAUGUAUUAUAUCAGAUAAAAAUAAAAAUCCCGAGAAUCAGAAAAAGCGUCGAUUUGAGGAUGUUCAAGAAACUUCUUCUAAUGCUAUCAUUUUAAAUAAUCGCAAAAAGUGCGUGGAGAAGGCGUCAAAUAAUGCUUAUAUCAGUAAUGAAUGUUCAGUAGUAUCAAACGAAAAUAAUGAGAUUCAAAAGAAACGUCCAAUUGAGGACGUAGAAAACCCUGUUUCAAAAGCCAUUGUUUUGAAUAAUCGUGAUGUGGUAAAAGUCUCCAACCCAAAUUCUUUGUCAAAUUUGUGUUUCUCUCGGUCUGUCAUGUUUUUAAGUUCUCCAAUCUUUAAUAAAUAUGGUACUCUUUGGUAUGGUCUUCCAAAAGAACGUAAGUAUUACUGUAUAUUUACUUGUUACAAUUUUGUUAUUUAUUUUAUUCCGAUUAUUUGUUAGACAUCCUUAACGUGGCUAAGUUUUCUAAGAAUAAUAUGUCGAAUAUUGUGAUAUAUCAUAUCUUUCCAAGACAGUUUGGUCUUAAGAACGUCUUCACUAAGAAAUCUUCCGAUACAUCAUUAUAUAUCGUUUAUCUGGAUAGGAAAAAGGAACUCAGUAAUUUACGGUGUGAAAUUCCAAACCGUUUACAACAUCUCAUUCCAUACGU